AUGACACAGUUACUGACGUCUGAAAAAUGCCGCGAUAUCAUACGUAUGGGCCCGGAAGCGUUUAGGCAGUUAUGUCAAAAGUUAAGAGGAACUGGUAGAGUAAAGGAUUCAAUUCGUUCUACCGUUGUAGAGCAAGUCGCUAAAUUCCUACAUAUUAUAGGGCAUAAUGUGAAAACUAGAACCAUGUCUUUCUUCUUCCACCGCUCAGGGGAGACAAUUAGUCGUCACUUUCACAAUGUCCUACAUGCUAUUCUGUCGUUAGAGGGAGAGUUCUUCAAGCAACCAUCUGGUGAAGAUGUUCCUUAUGAAAUACGUAAUAAUAGUCGAUUCUAUCCGUUUUUUAAGGACUGCAUUGGAGCCAUAGAUGGAACUCAUAGUCGUGUGAAGGUAUCAAGGGUGGAAGCCCCUCGUUUUCGGGGAAGAAAAGAUCAUCCAACACAAAAUAUUCUAGCUGCCUGUGGGUUUGAUAUGAAAUUCACGUAUGUCUUGGCUGGUUGGGAAGGAACUGCCUCUGACUCUAGAAUUUUAAAAGAUGCUUUAAGUAGGGAACAUCCACUUCGAAUACCCGAAGGAAAAUAUUAUCUAGGCGAUGCUGGAUUUAUGCUAAAGCCUGGGAUACUGACACCAUAUAGAGGUGUUCGAUAUCACUUGAAAGAGUAUUCAUCUAUAAUUGAUGCGGUUGAUCGAGAAUUGCUACAAGAACAAAGCAUAGAUAGAUCACAGUCAAAUCAACCACGUGAUGAGGAAUAUAGGCAUGCAUCGUUGUUAAGAGAUAACAUUGCAUUCGAAAUGUGGAAUGUUUAUCAAUCAUUAUAG